GUGAGUUAAGGCAGCGGCGCGUUUUCUCUGUCAGUGCAAAAAAAAAAAACAAGAAUACAUUCAUGUUUCUCUACAUAAAGUUUGCAUUUAUCUUCAUUUUACCGAAAUGUCUGUUAAUCGCUGCAAUUCCGUCGGCGAAGGUAGACUCCCUACAACGCUGAAGAAACAGCAGCAACUUGAACAAAAUCACACAGAUGAAAAUCAUUAUCGCCAACAUUUUCGACAUCAUGCUGUCACAACAACAACAACACGUGCGGCAACAAGUGCAGGGAAACGAAAUUCCUUUACUACAGCCUCACGAAUUAAUGUAACACCUAUCAGCCUACGACGGAAUAUCAGCACUUUGGCGCCAAUCUCAACUGCCACCCAAGCCAAUGCCCCCUCUGCUCGUUACAAUGCAACAGAGCCAUACGCCGAGCAGCUGGUACUGUACAUGGCGGCGAAACGCAGAUGUAAUUAUCAUCGUCUACGAUGUUGAAUAAAUGGCGCAGAUAGGCAAAAGUAUUUAUAUGUGUAUUCAAAUAGUAUGUAUAUUAAUAAGUAAACAAUAAUUGAACUGAGAUAAUAAAAAAAAAACUACUUAACAAAGGAAUGACA